AUGUCUCGGAGACCGAUCUACACUAACCACUCAGCCGCCCACGCGCGCUGCGAAACCACCACCACCGACAGCGUGCGCGUUUUCCACCAGUCCCUCCCGGGCUAUGCGGCCACGCCGCUCGUCGCCCUGCCCGAGCUCGCCCGCGAGCUGGGCGUGCGCGCUGUCUUCGCCAAAGACGAAAGCAACCGGUUCGGCCUGCCGUCCUUCAAGGCUCUCGGCGCCUCAUGGGGUUGCUACCGCGCCGUGGCCGCGCAGCUGGGCUGUGCCGCGGGGCCCGUCGCGCUGGACGAGCUAGCGCGCAAAGCCCAGGAGGCGGGAAUCACGCUGUUCGCCGCGACGGAAGGGAACCACGGGCGGGCGGUUGCGUUCAUGGCGCGAUUGCUGGGUGUGCGGGCGCGGAUCUUCGUACCGCUGGGGACGGACGAGGGGACGCGGGUCCGGAUCGCGAGCGAAGGCGCGGAGGUGCUCGUUUCGCGGGGGAACUAUGACGAUGCGGUGAGAGAGGCAGCGGGCGCUGUGCGAGAGUCCCCCGCGGGCGUCCUGAUCCAGGACACGGCGUUUGACGGCUACGAAGAGGUGCCCGCGUGGAUUGUGGAGGGGUACGGCACGAUGCUGGCGGAGGUGGAGGAGCAGCUGGCGCGGGAGGAGCUGCGAUGUGAUGCGAUGGUUACGCCGGUGGGCGUGGGCAGUCUGGCGCAUGCGGUGUCGCGGUUCUGCAAGGCUCGCGACACGGCGGUCGUGGCGGUUGAGCCGGACUCGGCGCCGUGUCUGUACGAGAGUCUGCGGGCGGGCCAGCCGGUGACGGUGGUCCCAACGGCGACUAUCAUGGACGGGAUGAACUGCGGGACGGUGUCGUCGACGGCGUGGCCGGAUCUGCGCCGGCUGGUGGACGCCUGCGUGACGGUGUCGGGCGCCGAGAGCCAUGCGGCGGUGCAGUAUCUGGCGACGCGGUCGGUGCUGGCUGGGCCCUGCGGUGGUGCAUCGCUAGCGGCGCUGCGUCGGAUGGCAAAAGAGUCGCAGGAGCUGCUGCGCGAGGAUUCGGUGCUGGUGCUCCUGAGCACGGAGGGCGCGCGGCCGUACGCGGUGCCGCGUGACGUUGCCGUGGACGACGUGGUCGGGUUGACGCAGGCGCUGACACGCAUUGACUCGAGCAACUCGUCGCUGUCGGUGUCGAAGGGGGCUGGGGAGAGCGAGAUUGCCGAGUACAUUGCAGCGUGGUUUGCGCACCGCGACAUCGAACAUCACCGCGUGGAAACAGUGCCGGGGCGGCCGUCCAUCGUGGGUGUCCUGCGGGGCUGCGGCGGAGGCGCGUCUCUGAUGUUCAACGGACACACGGAUACCGUGAGCCUGUCCAGCUAUGAGGGCGAUGCGCUCUCCGGGGCGCUGGCGGAGAGAAACGGCCGGCAGGUGGUGCUGGGACGGGGCACGAUCGACAUGAAAGGUGGGCUGGCGGCCGCUCUGGCCGCGGUGGCGUCUGUCAAAGCGAGCGGACAGACCCUCCGCGGCGAUGUUAUCGUCACCGCCGUGUCGGAUGAAGAAGACGCCUCGCAGGGGACGCGGGAUGUGAUUGCUGCGGGAUGGCGCGCCGACGCAGCGGUGGUGGCGGAGCCCACAAUGGGCGAGAUCAUCACGGCGCACAAGGGCUUUGUCUGGAUCGAGGUCGACAUCCUGGGAGUUGCAGCGCACGGAUCCGACCCGACUCAGGGCCGCGAUGCGAUCCUGUCUGCUGGCUGGUUCUUGCGGGCUUUGGAGGAGUAUCAGGCCCGUCUCCCUGUCGACGAGAUGUUGGGGCAAGCCUCGCUCCAUUGCGGACUCAUCCAAGGAGGCGAAGAGCCAUCCUCGUACCCGUCCAAAUGCACCGUGACCGUGGAGUUCCGCACGGUGCCCUGUCAGACGGAGAUGUCCAUUGUGUAUGAUUUGAAGACAUUGCUGGAGGACAUUGCUCGCCAGAAGCCCGACUUCCACUACGCAGAGCCGCGUGUCACCAUGUCGCGGCCGACGCACAAACUGUCUGCGGAACAUCCUCUUGUGCAGACUGCAGCAGCCUCUGCAACGGCGAUAUCAGGGCAUCGUCCGGCGGUUGUCAGUGUGCCAUUCUGGUGCGACGCAUCGCUGCUGGGUCAGGCUGGCAUUCCGUCAAUUGUAUACGGACCAAAAGGCGAGGGCUUGCACAAUCAGGACCCCUUCUUCCCUUUCACUCCCGACUACCAGCUCAACCCCCCGGGGGAUCCUGAUCCUACCUGGUCCACGCUGGACUGGGACAUCAACCAAUGGAUGACGAUCCAGCCGGCUCCCGCCAGCGGCGACAUCAACCACCUCACGGACGUCACUCAAUGGCUCGACGGGGCAUACGCACCACCAACCCCCUGUACAUACUGCCGUCGCCACCGGCUGCAAUGCCUUAUCAUCCGCACCACCCCAGCAAACCCCAACCCCGUGACCUCGUGCUCCAGCUGCGUCGCGCUCUUCCGCCAAUGCAGUCUCGCCCACGGCGAGAAGCGCCAGCCGUCCGGGUUCGAGACUCUCGCCCCCGUCCUCGGGAACCUGCACGGGCUGCGCGAGCAGACCGAGGACGUCAUCCCUGAGCACGAGUACGAGCACGCCCCCGCGGAGCCGCACCGUCCCUCCACAUCGGGACAGCCCCAUCCCGCUGGCGACGCUGCCGCCGCCGAAGACUCCAAGACGGAGUCGAAGCAGUUCGUGCGGCGCGGCGCCCGCGUGCUGCGCGCCUGGCUCGCCCAGAACCAGGAGUAUCCGUACCCGUCCGAGGAGGACAAGACGCGGCUCGCGCAGGAAACGGGGUUCUCGCGCAAGCGCAUCGCGACCUGGUUUGCCAACGCGCGGCGGCGCCAGAAACACAAGGCUGACUCGGCUGCGGCCGCGGCCGCGCCGCUGACUAUCCACCGCGCAGGCUCGCCGAUGCCCGCGGCGCGCGCGGACGCCUCGACUGCGUGGACGGCGAUGACGCCGCUGGAGCGCUGGCAGGCGUCGCCGCCGGAGGACGAUCCGGUCGCGGAGUCAGUGAUCCAGGAUGCGAUUGCGUCGAGUGCGGGCGGCGGGUCGGAGGUGUUCGACGCGGAGGCCCUGGAUGACGGCGCGCUGGAUGCGUUCCUCGCGCUCGAGGAGACGUCGUCGUCGUGCGUGGGCUCGUCUGUCGGAGGGGGCCGGGGCGGUGCGUCGUCCGAUAGCGCGUCGUCGUCUGCGUCUGCGUGGAGCCAUUACUCCCUCAGCGACAGCGGAGGCAGUCUCGGGAUCCCGCUGGGAGGGUGGCCGCCAUCGCGACAGCGUCGUCGGCGCCCGCACCGCCGCCGGACGUCCGCAUCGGCGGCAGCCAGCCAGUACCACUGCACGUUCUGCCCGCAGGCCUUCAAGAAGAAGAACGACUGGUACCGCCACGAAACCACCGUGCAUCUCCCUCUGGACACCUGGAUCUGCACCCCGUCGCUUGCGGAGCUGCUGCCCCCUGCAACUCCGGGGUCGGAAACCGCCGAGUGUCGCUUCUGUACGACCGCCCCGGCCACAGCUGCGCACUGGGAUGAGCACGACUUCCGCGUCUGUGCCGAGAAGCACCCCGCCGAACGGUCGUUCACCCGCAAGGACCACCUGUGGCAGCAUCUGCGGAAGUUUCACGGGUGUACGAAGACGCCAGCGGCGAGUCUGGAUGUCUGGCGGCGCGAUGAGACGAAGGGUCCGCUGCGCAGUCGGUGUGGGUUUUGUGGCGCUGAACUGGCGACUUGGGCGGAGCGCGGGGAGCAUCUGGCGGAACACUUUCGCCAGGGAGUCUGCAUGGAUCAGUGGGUUGGGGGUCUAGGGUUGGAGCUGGAGGUGUUGCGUAUGGUCAGGAAUGCAGAUUGA